AUGGCGUACCUCCCAUCUUUCAUUCUGAGUGACGAAUCCAAAGAACGGAUGACAAAGAUCUUCAGUUUGUCCCAAACAGUGGCCCAUUACGGAUGGUUGCCAUUUGUGUUGUACUUGGGCUGGGCACACACUGCGAACAGACCUAACCUAUUUAGUUUGUUGAGUCCUCUUCCAAGCGUUUAA